AUGGACAAACAAGAGGUUUGUUUCCAGAUCGUCCAGAGUCUGGAGAAUGUGUGGAGUGAAAACAUUUUAUUUGACUUCGCUGUGAAAGUUCAAGAUGAAACAAUCCAAUGCCAUCGUCUCAUCCUAGCGGCGUGUUCGGAAUUUUUCAAGGCGCUGUUCAGAUCUGGUAUGAAAGAAGUCACAGAGAACUGUGUAGUCCUAAAAGAUGUUUCAUGUGAAGUUUUCCGCUUAAUCAUCAACACUAUGUACACAGGGACAAGUCUGUUAACCUUAGACAAUUUUAUUGAAGUGUGGCAAGCGGCACAUAUGCUACAGGUUAAAGUUAUGGUUAAUGUUUGUGAGGAGUUUGCUAUCAGAUUAUGUUCAUUGGACACCUGGGAAAACAUUUAUCUACAUGCUAAACUUUUCUGUUCAGUAAAAGUGCUCGAUAAGCUCCAUACAUUCAUGAUAAAAAACUUUGAAGAAAUUAGACAAUCGACAACAUUUUUACAGCUAUCUUUCAAGGAAGUUCAAGAUUUGAUUAAAAGCCAAGAUCUCGUUGUCAGUAAAGAAGAUUUAGUUCUUGAAUCUGUGAUACAGUGGGUUGAAUAUGUUGACGGAAAUCAGCUAAAUCAUAAUUUAAAUGAGGAUCAUAACCAUACAAUCAGCUGUAAUGACGUAAAGACAGAUAUCAGUUUAUCCAUUGAUGAAGCGAAGGAAAUUAAAGAAAGUGAGGAUGGACUUCAUCGUAAUAAUUGCUUACAGAAUUCAAAUAAGACUGAAAUUACAGCAGUGCAAGAAGUAACUACUACUCAUUCAACUAAUACUGUAAAGUCUUCUAGAAAAGUUAAACUUAAAGAACUGUUAAUGGAAGUCAGAACCUGCCUGGUUAGUCAUGCUGCUUUAUAUCGAGUUCUUAAGUUGAGACUGUUUUCUGAAGAUGAAAAUUCGAGAGAAUUGAUUCUGAACGGCAUGUCACAUCAUGUCCAAGAGUUUAGACACGGUCAGUGGUCGUCAUCGGCUUUACACAGAUCUUGUAGUGGUUACAUAAAUGCUGGUGUUAAUGCAUAUGGUGGUGGGAUUUUUGAAAUAAUAACUGCUGACAAAGAGCAACAGUUUAAUAUUACAAAAUGUAGAUAUUUGAAAGAAAACAUUCAACUCGUCACGUUUGAUGGUGAACUUUAUGCUACAGGUAAAGAAGUAGGAAACUCUCCAGGUCGAAUGUUUGUCUUCUGUGGCAAAAACUGGAAGGAAGUCAUGGAAAUGCCAAGUCACAAUUUGUUAUUAGUUUCACACGGAGACUUUAUCUACAUCAUAAACAAAGACGAUAAAGUUUUAUAUAACAUCAACCCAAAAGAGAGGGAACCGAAUUUAGAAAAAAUUACAGAUUUUCUUUCAAAUGAUACUGAAGUAAAUUAUGCAAUGGUUCUUGAAAAUUUGUUUCUUUUAUUUUGCUCUGAAUCUGUCAACGGUAUAGAAAAAACGGCCGUCCAUAAAUAUGAGAUGUUGUCUAAAGUUUGGACCAGAUUAGACAAUCUUGAUGGACCAUCCGAACAGCUGAUUAGUUUUAAAAAUGACAAACACAACUACAUUUUACAGACAAAUGGCAGUUUGUGGCUGCUAGAAAAGUUAUCUGGCAAUGGUAGUAUUGAAUUUAAAUUUCUAGACAAACUUUGGAAUUUUAGAAAGAAGCUCUAUGGAGCGUUAACGUUUCAAAGUAAACUAAUAAUUUUGGGAAACAACCCCAACAAUGAUCCACAUAAUGAAAAACAACUGCCUUUGCUUUCUGAGCACUUUACGGAAAUAUCCCACUGGGAAAAUGACUUUUGCAGUUCAAAUUUUAUUCCCAUCACCAUAAGAAAGAAUGAUUUAGUUCCGAUAAAAAAGGUCUAG